CCGGCUCCUGCAGUGCAGGGCCGGAGGUCAUCACUCAGCGGGGUGUGCUACCUGACCAUGGGUCUCCUCGUACUGCUCCUGGGCUUGGUCUUUGCAUCGAUGUAUGUGUACAGAUACUUCUUCAUCACCCAGCUGCCCCGUGAGAGUGUGUUUCACUGUGGCGUCCUUUAUGAAGACUCGCUGUAUUCGCCAUUCAAAGGGCAGCUGGAGUUGCACGAAGAUGUCAAGAUUUACAUUGAGGAGAACUACGAGCAAAUCAACGUCCCGGUGCCCCAGUUUGGAGGGAGUGACCCUGCAGAUAUCAUCCACGAUUUCCAGCGAGGUCUGACAGCUUAUCACGACAUAACACUGGAUAAAUGCUAUGUCAUCGAGCUGAACACCACUAUUGUGAUGCCCCCUCGCAACCUGUGGGAGCUGCUGGUUAAUGUGAAGAAAGGGACAUACCUGCCUCAGACAUACAUAAUCCAAGAGGAGAUGAUUGCGACUGAGCACAUCAGUGACAUGGAGCAGCUUGGUUCCUUCAUCUACCACCUUUGCAGUGGCAAGGAGACCUACAGGCUGAAGCGGAGGAGUGCGAGGAGACGUAUCAGUCGACGUGAGGCCGGAAACUGUCAUCGUAUUCGUCAUUUUGAAAACACUUUUGUGGUCGAAACUGUUAUCUGCAAAAAGUCAUGAAGCCACUUCCCAGAUGUAACCUUCCUUGGCUUUGCUUGCACACACAUGCUUUCAGCCCUCUCUUUAGACAUGGUAAUCUGUCUCACUUUUUGUACUCCCUCCCCUGCUUGUGCAGCUCUAACCUGUUGGGUCCAUUGCGGCCUCACAGUGGAUUCUUUUCUCUCCCUGCUACCUACCUGAGACAUUUGCUGGGCUUAAAUUUACACAGUGCUCAAAGACAACCUGGGAGUAGAUCCAGCUUCUUCCACACCACAGGACAGGAAACUCUUUUGGGAGCA